AGCUCGCCCCUCUCCCUGCCAGGACCCUGCCUCCCUUCCUCAGGCACUCGGGAGCAACAGCCGCUGGAGAGAGGACACCGCCGCUCUUCCUCGCAGUUUUUCUCGACUUUCAAGUCUUUUACGUGGUGACAGUUGACAGUCGCCGCACCAUAGGACACCAUAACGUACGGAGGUGGGACUAGCAUGGCCGAAGGGAUGUUGUCCCUGUCGUGGAACAAUCACAGCAGCACCUUCACCCACACCCUCGCCACCCUCAGGGAGAAGGAGAGGUACACAGAUGUCACCUUGUCCUGCGAGGGGAGGUUCUACCCGGUGCACAAGCUUGUACUGUCAACAUGCAGCGAGUACUUUAUGCGCAUGUUUGAGUUGACGCCCUGCAAGCAUCCUGUGGUGGUGCUUCAGGAUGUCAAGAGCAAGGAGAUGGAGGCCUUGCUGAGCUACAUGUAUGCUGGGGUCGUGAGUGUGGCCCAGAGUGACCUCCCUCAGCUCAUCAAGGUUGCUGAGGCCCUCCAGAUCAAGGGCUUGGCAGUCCCUGAUGAAAACCUUUGCAGCAACAUGAAAUAUGGGCACACUUGGAGCCCCACAGAUGACAGGAAUAGUCCCUUUCCAAAGAAGAUCAAAAGGGAAGAGAAUGGAACACAGACACAUAGGAUUUCUGAACCCAAGCCGGGAAUAAGUCCCCAGUCUGUGACUCGACACAGCCCUCAAGGCUACAAUGCCAUUGGUUCAUCUUACGGUAAUGCCAUGAAUCCUCACAGGUACUCCCCAUACAACAGGGAAGGAGAGGUACUUUCAGCCAACAGGGGUGGCAAGAAGGACCAGAUCAUUGUCCCAAGAGUCACACCAAAGAUGGAACACAAAUUUGGAAACAGAAAUAAUAAGCAGACCAACUAUAAAUCAUAUCCAAGAAUAGACAACAGCUACAAGGGCAUGUACAGACCAGACAAGGCACGAAUGGAUGACCACAGAGACUCCAUGUCUGAUGAGAGUCACGACAACCGGUACCUGGACACAGACGAUGAAAAUUCUUCGGAAAUGCAGGAAGUUUUGCCCGUGAGUCUAGUAAAGGUGGAGGUGAAGGAUGAUGAAGAUGAUGAGCACAUAGAUGUGGAUGACACAGGCAUUGACUCCAACCAUGAAGCCAGCCAGCCCCUGCCCCUCCUGGUCCCCAAGCGCGAGCCCGCCGAAGACUACCGUUCCGUGUCCUCAGGCUCUGAGCGGCCAAACCUUCAUUAUCCUCCCUGGAUAGCCCUGCGGGAAGCACACUAAGGCUGGAUCAGUGGUGGGAAGCUGCUCCUAACUCAUUCCAUCUCACUGAUGAGCCAGGGAGAUGGACAUUAACACUAGUUCACCUUCAAGAGUGUUAUUGUUCCUCUGGUGUGUGGGAGAGACUGUUGCAGAGGACAACUUCAUCUCCUGACACAUCUCACACUUUCCUGUGAGGGAUAAAUUACUUGGUUACAAGUCUCUUGGCCUGGAUGGAAUUCUAAGUUAAUGUCUUAGAGUCUGACUUGAGUUUUGCAGUGGCCUUGAGUCAACCAUGCACUCACACAGGGAAUGUUCUGUUCAGAGUACAUGCCUCCCCAGGGUCCACUAGGAUUCCUUCCUUCUGUUGUAUCAGUAUGGUUCACUUCUCAUAUUUUCUGCCCUCAUUUGUCACAGGUGCCUUUGGCAGGUGUAGUACAAAGUCAUUCAUCAUAAUGAUUCCUUUAAACAUCUUUAUCAGCUUAUAGUCAUAUGUAGUAAAGAACGAUGAUUUUUAACGAUUUUUAGAUGGAAUAUCAAUACCUGUUUACUCUCAUUAUUGUAAAAAAGUUGUAUUCUUCAAGGUGGUAAGUGCAGAUAUUUUGUAACUUUAAUCACAUAAACUUUCAUUGUAUAUAAUGAUAUACUUAAUUAAUGGAAACAAUAAUCUGUGUAUAUAUUAUGUAAAACUGCUAUGGAUAAGAGAAAAUAAAGUUAAGGGAUAUACUUGUUUGCAGUUUGUCAUGGCUGUCAUCAUUCAUUCAUUAGUUCCAGAGUCCAGUGGCUGGAGGCCCUAUGCCUUAACGCACCAUGGACUUGAUGUGAGUUACUAUACCUGAUUCAGGUCUAACUAGGCUCGCAUGUAUUAACCCACCACUUAGAGCUACACACCACACAUGCAAGUGAUAACAUCUUUGAUUAGGUCCAGCACAGUGGUAAAGUGUCUAUGGCUUGUUGCACUAGCCACCAAAUUUUCCUUACGUCCAGGCAGCAGUACGGCAUGCUGCCCUGCUUAUAAUGUGUUGUUAUUUGUUAUAUUAGAAUAGUGAAAGUAAUGGAAGGCGUUUUCAAUUCAGUAGCGCAUUAUUUUGUCUAUCAAAUAUUGAUUAUUCAUUUAUGCAGGAGACACAAAGUGAUUGUAAUAACUUGUUGAGGGAACAUGGCAAAUAUUCAACAGUGUGGAUUCUUGAAAUGGAAAAUGAAGAAGGAAUCCUCACUUCUACACAAUCAAAUUCUGCAAAGGCCUUGAAUAUAUAAUUAUGUAGGGAAUCAAGCCCUUGAGCAUAUUAAGUGUUAAGGCAUCCCCUUCAGCAGUCUGUAUAUGGCAGCAACCUGUUCCUUGUUAAUUAAGCUUUCAGGUGUAGUUAUUGUAGGUAAAAUGAACAUAACUCGAGUUUUCCAUCAACUGAAUGGACCUCUAUUCAAAAUUCACUUGGUUUAAAUAAACUACUGCUAAUAUUAAAGAUAACCACAAGGUUAAGUGGCUGAGCUGUAUCUUUAUUUUCUUGUUUUGAUAAAUUGUCUUGCAUUUAAUUCUCAGCUGAUGGAUGUAUAGCUACUGAGUCAUUCAGAAAAGAAAGAUAAAUCAAAUGCAGUGAUACAUAAAAAAACCUAAAAGUUGUUACUACACGCUUGCAUAAUGGGUUGAGCAUAUUGGCUGGUAAAGGCGACAUGGCAGGGCUGUUCUGCCAGUCUUCACAUUAUAUAAAAAAACACCCAUCAAUAUGUGGCAAGAUAAUUUGCUCAAAUGUAUUGAAAGCUUGAGAGAAGUCAGUUUUUGUUAAUGACUUCAAACAUCAUUAUUUUUUACACAAAGCUAUUACUGUACUAAUGUCUGCACCAAAAAUUCUGAAAUAGCUGCUGGGAAACUUACAUAUGAGAAGUUAUUUGUAUUAUGAUUUUGGAAGUAUUGUAGAAUAUCACAAACAACUGAGAAAGUGAAUCAAGUAUUUUGGGUUUGUAAACUGCAUAGAGUAUUUGUGUAGUGUAUUCCUCUGAAAGAUAUGCUAGCAUGAACAUACAUGUAGAUAUAUUUAUACUGAUAUAUGACAAGUAUAUUUGUUGUGCCAAGUAAGAGGCACAGGUUGGCAUGGUAUCACAAACUCUAGGCCCGCAGUUGUUAGAUUAAGUAAAUGUUAGAGUACAGAUUUUUUUUUUUUUUAGCUGUGUAUAAAUUGAAAUACAACUUAAUGUUCAUAGUAUUUAUCUCACUGGAGAUAGGCCUAGUGACAACUUUGUCAUUAAUAAUAAUCAGUUACACAAAUACAGUGUAAAACUACUAAUUAAACAGUUAUAGGUGAGACAAAUUAUUGUAUGCUUAGGUACGUAGAGGUCAAUAGUUACAGUCCUAUCAUAGAUGAGGGAGUCAGUGUCCAUGGCAGUAUAUAUGAAUGUGAGUUUAAUUGUUUAUAUAGUAGUUAGCAAGCAUUUUGUUGCCUUCCUUUGUACAUAUGUAGCACAACCUAUGUUUAUCAUUACAUAUCUUUAUUUGAUGGUUCUUGAAAUUUGUAGAAUAAAACUUGCAAUCGGAUCAUAUAUAGUUAUUGGUGCUAGCUAUGAGUUGGUUAUGUUAUCGUUCAGCAAAACCAGUGUAGCCUUACUAUUAUUAUUUAUCAAUAAAUACGUAGCUCAAAAGGACUAAUUUAUUUGCGGUCUUAAUUAUGGGCGUGCAGAAAGGUUGCAGGCGUGGUGUGCUCAUGGCAGGGCCGGGCAGCGAGUGUUCUGGGCGUGCAGCAAAAGAACCGCUGCAGGACCCCGAGGAAAAUAACUAAUGCAUCUAAUUAAUAUAUACGGCUGCUACACAUAGGAGCAACCCAGUAUUAUGAUAGCGAGAAUAUAUAAAUAUGUAUAGUAUAACUGUGAUGUUAAAGCAAAGCCCCUUGUAAUGACAGACAACGAAACAGAGGCGCCUUUAGCCAAUGGCCUUUCAUAGUCUUGAGGUUUAUAGAAGGUUCUCACUGCACAUUUUGAUCCAUUGUGUUCGUUUUUUGUUUUUAUCACGAGUUGACUUUGCCUUUUCAGUAGCUACUAAACUUCGUAAGCUCGCCAUCUCUGUCAAACCAGGACAUCACUCACUCACAGCACAUCUUGAUUCACUGUGUUUUUUGUUUUAUUACGUGUGAGUUAACCUUGCCCUCCCAGUAUUUAAGGUUAUACGCUCGCCCUCUCUGUCAAGGCAGGGCAUCACCAGUACUGUGUGUGUAUGGUUAUAAUAUGUGAACGUGGAACGCUGUUGGCACCACUCGGUUACAUGACCAUGACACUGAUGGUUGUCAAAUAAUUGAUCCUGUCAGGAAGAGCACGUCAUUACGACAUCACUUGUAGGAAGGCUUGCAAAUCUGUAUAGAUUUAAUGUCUGUGAAUGUUUUUUGAGACUAGUGACCGGUCAGUGUGGAGGCAGUCUUGAUCGUGUUUCAGUGUUGGCUAUAGUCCACAAGAUACAAUGAACUAAAUUGUUUAUUAGAUUAAUUAUAUAAUAUAUUCAACAUA